UACGGGAAAUAGGGUAGCACAUGAGCCCACUCGUCAACCCUAUGUCAAUAUGCUUGUUCCCAUUGUUGGUCUGAGCUAAUUGACCUUCUCCGGGGAAGUUCCGACUUUCUUCUACUGCUGUGUAGCUUCCCCUUCCCGGAGCUUCCUUCCUAGCCCGGAAUGUGGGUGUAGCCUUCCCUCAUUUCUGUGUUGGGUGUAAACAUUCCUUUUGUUUUUUUUAUGUGGCAGAUCCAAGCUUCGUUGAGAAGGGGUUCUUUAGAGAUCUGUGUUUCUUCCUUUUCCUUGUUUUCUGCUUUGUUUUUACAGGUUUCGUUAUUCUGGGUGCGAAGGUAGUCUUUGGAACUGUAUGAACCAAAUCUGCUCUCGAGCAACAAUGGAAGACAAUGGGAUAUUCAUCCCAAGCUGUCCUUCUUCUCCCCCAAGCGACCCUUCUUCUUCUUCCCAAUGUAAAUCGCCAUCACCAUCACCAUCAGCAUCACCGUCACCAGCACCAACAAAGUCACAGUUAUCACGGAAUCGAUCUCUCCGGAAAAAGGAGCUGACAGGAAAGGCUUCGAAAGAGUAUAUGAGCAAACAGCCUCCAUUGAAGCCGAGUCUACCUGAAGUCAACGAUGAAGAUCCAAGUUGGAGUGAUCCGAUUCUUUAUCUCACUGGACUUCAGCAAAGCCUGGUGUUAACCUGGACUGCUAUGAUCAGUCCCUACAUGCUGGCCGCCGUCGCGGGUGGUGGAAAUGAGGGGAAGGCGGAGGCAAUACAGAGUUCGCUAUUUACGGCGGGCAUAAACACAAUCUUGCAGAUUAUUUGUGGUUCUCAGCUUCCUGUGAUGAUGAAAACAUCCGACGCUUUCAUAAACUCAGCCAUCUUCAUUGCUAUUUCGACUAACAAUAAGUUCAGUGCCACACUUCCUCCACGUCAGAGGUUUAAAUUAUGCAUGAGACGGAUACAAGGAGCAAGUAUUAUUGGGUCCAUCCUCCAAAUCAUCAUUGGUUUCUCUGGUCUCGGAGUGAUCUUCGCAAGUCGCAUUGGAUUUGUGGUUUCUAUUCCUCUAAUUAGUCUCACCGGACUCGAGCUCUAUAAACGUGGAUUCCCACAGCUGGUGAAAUGUAUUGAAAUUGGACUCCUAGCAGCGUUUACCCUAAUUUCCUCAACACAGUUGGCUUCCCAUGUUUGGAAAUCAGAAAAAAAUAUAGGUAGGCGAAUGGGCGUCACAAUCUCCAUCGCAUUUGCAUGGGCCGCUGCACACAUUAUGACUCUUUCAGGUAUACAUGAUAAUACAUCUCAACAAAGACAAACCAGCUGUCGUACUUAUCGUACUGGCCUCAUUAGCGCUGCACAUUGGAUAAAUAUACAAAUGAUAAAUCCAUUUCAAUGGGGCUACCCCACUUUUGAAGUUGGCGAUGCAUUUUUAAUGAUGGCGGCUUCUGUGGUUGCCACUAUUGAGUCUGUGGGUUCAUUUUGUGCCUCAUCAAGACAUACGGGUGAAAUUCGUGUGUCCCCUCCAACAUCCGACCAUCCAAAGUCUGCUCAAACUUCUUUUCGCUCAGAAGGGGUAGAGAGUGCCUUGCCGAUUAAACCAAGUAUCCUCCGCAAUGCAAUAGGCUUCCAGGGAAUUGGAACAUUAAUUGAUGCAGUGUUUGGAGCGGGACUUGGCUCCACCGUUUCAAGUGAACUCGCAGGUUUAUUAGGAUUAACAAAGCUGGGCGGGUUGAAGAGUGUGUUUGUAGCAGCAAUUCUUCUCCUUCUAUUUUCCACGCUAGGAAAACUUGCUGUCAUUCUCGCUUCUAUACCCAUGCCAAUUGUGGCAGCCCUGUAUAUCGUCUUCUUUCCUUACGUGGUUACAAGUGGACUUGAAGAUAUCCAUUACUGCAAUUUGAAUAGAUUCAGGACAAGGUUCAUUCUUGGAUUUGCUCUCUUCAUGGGUCUCUCCAUGAAUCAGUACUUCGAUACAUAUGAUGUAUUUUCUGGUCAGCCCCUUCCUAAUGCUAGCUCCUCCUGGUUCAAAAAUUUAAUGCAAGUGAUUUUCUCAUCCCCACCAACAACUGCAACUAUUUUUGCUUCCCUUUUUGAUCUUAUCCUUCCUAGACCCUCCGUUGAAGAAGGAGAGGAGAAAAAAGAAGAUGCGAAGGAGCCACCAAAACCGAAAAUGCCAGAAAAGCCGAAGGAGACGGAGAAGCCAUUUUACGGGGGUUACGGGGGUCCUUACGAGGGUCGCGGGGGUUACGGGGGUUACGGGGGUUACGGGGGUACACCAAAGGUAAGGGGAAUGCUACCAAUAGUGCCGGCUCCACCAGAGGUAAGGGAAACAACAAUCCCAGAGCCACAAAAGUCAUUGCCAUUGCCGAAGAAGGAGGUGAUGGAGCCGCCAUUAGCGGAGGAUUUGAAGUCUUUUAUUGAUGAAAAUCAUUCAGCGAGUUCUGCCAUGAAGAAACUAUUCUCGGCAAAACAUAGGUAGGCUUGAAUGUAUUCAGCAUAGCAUAGGUAUUUACCAAUUCACUUAGCAAGUGAGUUUAUUAUGUAUUAAUCGUAAUUGAUAUAAACUCGGUUGUUUAUUUGUUGCAAUACUUGCUAUGCAUCUCGGUUUUGUUAUAAUUUGUUGUCAUCCA